UUUAACGUAGAAUACCCUUCCUCGCCUCCGAAACUAGCCAACGAAGUUGCAGUCAUACAAGAACCUUCAGAAGGUCAGACAGAUUACUGCGCGCUUGGCGUCGAUGAUUUGGUCAGAUCGUCUAUAAGGCUGUCGGAAAACGCUAGUUUGCCGACUGAACCCACUACGCACUGUGCGCAACUUCCUACAGUCACCUUUCCCUCGACUGAAGCUGUACAAGUAUCAGAAGCUUCCACUGCUCCACAGACGAACUCGAUCUCUCUUCCACCAGUUAAGAAGCACGCCGGACGCCCGCCAAAGAUUCGUAGGCUCAUCGUGGGCGAAAUCGCCGGCAAAAAGGUGCGGCGUAUUUGUGGCGUUUUGAAGGCCGAAAAUGGUCUGUUGUACAGUUUGCUGCAGUUCGAAGACAGUUCGAUGUCCAUGGUUUCGAACAGAGUUGUUAAUAUCAGGUGUCCAGAGAUUAUGAUCAGGUACUACGAAGGGUAUUUGAAAUGGCAGGUGGUUUCCGCGUGA